AUGCCAGGGACUAAGAAGUCUCAAUGCUGCCGAUGUAUUCGCACCGGACGAGCAUGUACACGUGGUCGCCGAGAGACCAAGUUCCGACAGGCAAAGAGCCGAUCUAUUCGCGAACGGUUUCCUAGCAAUCAGGUUUGGCUACGGCCGCCACCCAGAGUCGACUUCGUGAUCGAAUCUGGCAGUGGAGAACCAGAUGAUUUGGCCGAGAGACCACCUUUCAAUCCCUCACCGCAGAGGGAAUCGCUUGGUGAUACCCAUGCCGAUGCCGACUCGGUGCCUGUGCCGGAGAGGCCAGCCACAGCUCUACCCCGAUACAAUGUCGCCGAUCAGCAAACACACAAUAGGAGAAGCGGUCGACUCUCAUCCUUGUCGAUGGGCGACACCCUGAAGCAACAUCACCAGUCGCGAUCCUGGCCAUUGAGAGAUCCUCAAGAGGCACACCUCUUGCAACAUUUCGUGGACAAGAUCGCGCCAUUUUUCGAUUGCACCGAUCGCCAACAGCAUUUUGCCGUCCACAUCCCGUAUCGCGCCCGCCGAUGUGAGACGCUAUUCAAUGCAAUGCUCGCCAUGUCAGCCCGUCACUUGAAUCGCACCGCCUCUUUCGAUCCUUUCGUCUCAGACCACUACUUUCAAGCAUGUUUGGAGAAAUUGAUUCCCGCGCUGGAUGAUCACGGCGUCACGAUGGAUGAUGAUUUGCUCGCCGCGACGGUGAUUUUACGCUUGCUGGAAGAAUUUGAUGUUCCACUGGCGGGGUCUGAUCUUCGUGGACACUCAUUUGGAACAAAAGCUUUCAUCCAGGGUCCGUCGUCUAUGACCACGACGCCAAGUUUACGGCAGGCUGUCUAUUGGAGCGGUCUUCGCCAGGAAAUUUACAAUGCAAUCAGCCUCCAACAAGCGCCCGAUAUCGACAUGAGCUCCCUGAACUCAUACUUUAGGCCCUUGGGACCAGAUGCAGGUGACUGCGCAUGGGCAAACCAGGCAAUUGCGCAUUGCGCGGAUGUGUUGGUAUUCUGUUUCGGGCAAGUUCAUCGCUCGGCUAUUGUGCAUGCAGAGCUCAAAGCCCAGAACCAGCAAUGGAACGAGACGCGUCCUGAUUCCUUUGACCCAUAUUUUGUCGGCGGCGAGGUGAGGGUGGGAACCACUUUUCCUGACAUUCGUUUCGGAUGUGCUUGGAAUGCAGUUGGAAAUCAGUACAACGAUCUUGCGCGGAUUCUCUUGUCUGUGCACGACCCAAGUCUGCCGACGGUUGGACCUUUGCGCAGGCGUCUAGUUCAGGAGGCAGAUGACCAAAUUCGCCAGAGAGUUUGGAAGGUAUGCGGCGCUGCAUUAUCCAAUACCUCUAUUGCCCCAGCUAUGGUUGUUGGAUGCAUGGCCAUUCACCUUUGCGGUGAUCGGUUCACGGACCCACAGCAGCAAGACCUUUUGAUUCAUGUUCUGAUCCAAAUGGAUGCACUUCAUGGCUGGCCAACUGAUGCGCUCCAGCGACAGCUUCGGGAGACCUGGGUCGUGCGCUGA